ACUGAUUGGUUAAUCGACGUGGCUGGACGUUCGGCUUCCGCUGAUUGGCUGCGCUGUAGCACCGCUGGCAUUCGGGCGCCUUUGCUACAGGUUGCGGCUUGCGAACAGCGGUUCUGUACGGAAACCGGGAGGUACAUUUUAUAAAGCUUGAAGAUGUCAAAGCAACAGGCUCAGUUUACCAAUCCUGAGACACCAGGGUAUGUUGGAUUUGCCAACCUUCCAAAUCAAGUUCACCGCAAGUCUGUAAGGAAAGGCUUUGAGUUCACUCUAAUGGUUGUGGGAGAGUCAGGGCUGGGAAAAUCAACUCUGAUCAACAGCCUCUUCUUGACAGAUCUGUAUCCUGAGAGGGUAGUUCCUGGAGCAGCAGAUAAAAUUGAACGGACAGUGGACAUUGAAGCUUCCACUGUAGAAAUAGAAGAAAGGGGUGUGAAGCUGCGUCUCACUGUGGUUGACACUCCAGGCUAUGGAGAUGCCAUGAACUGUGUGGAUUGUUUUAAACCGAUCAUCUCUUAUGUGGACAACCAGUUUGAGCGUUACCUACAUGAUGAAAGUGGCUUAAAUAGAAGGCACAUUGUGGACAAUAGAGUCCAUUGUUGUUUUUACUUCAUCUCUCCUUUUGGACAUGGCCUGAAGCCUCUUGAUGUGGAGUUUAUGAAGGCUUUGCACAAUAAGGUCAACAUUGUCCCAGUCAUUGCCAAAGCGGAUACUUUGACAUUGCGGGAACGUGAGAGGCUAAAGCGAAGGGUAUUGGAUGAAAUAGAAGAACAUGGAAUCAAAAUCUACCAGCUGCCAGAUGCAGAGUCAGAUGAAGACGAGGACUUUAAGGAGCAAACAAGACUCUUAAAGGCCAGCAUCCCUUUUACAGUUGUUGGUUCCAACCAACUCAUUGAAGCUAAGGGUAAAAAGGUGAGAGGCCGAUUGUACCCGUGGGGUGUGGUGGAAGUGGAAAACACAGAACACAAUGACUUCCUGAAAUUGAGGACCAUGCUGAUCACACACAUGCAGGACCUGCAGGAGGUAACCCAGGAUCUGCACUAUGAAAACUUCCGCUCAGAACGUCUAAAGAAAGGCGUUACCAGCAGCAAGGUAGAACAUGUGGAAGUGACUAAGGACCAGAUACUCCAGGAGAAGGAAGCAGAGCUGCGUCGCAUGCAGGAAAUGAUUACGAGGAUGCAGGCGCAAAUGCAGAUCCAAGGUCAAAGUGGAGAUGCACAGCACUUGUAAUGGUCUUCAAUCAGUAUUAAGAGCCAAAGCAUUGGGCUAACAAGGAUUCACCUGUGGCCUGCUGUACUGUACACAAAGUGCUUUAUUCUGGUUUAUACAUACUGACAUUUUGUGAAUUGACUGUCUUGAUAUCCAGUUAUUUUUCACAGGGCUUUUUCUAUUUACAUGAGUUACACAGAGCUUGGAUCUUUCACAUGCCACUUGCUGUUACGCUGUCUGUUUUGUCUGUUACAUGUUCCACAUUUUCUAAACACAACCUAUAAAAAUAUAAUGCAGCUUUAUAUCCAGAUGCCAGGCAUGUAUGCUGAGCAGUAGAUAUAGACUAUACUAUUAUCUGCUUACCUGUUGCAUCUUUUAAACAGAAAAAUGUCCUCUUUCUGCACUUCUAGCCUUAACCCCCUACUACCCUUUACUUACCGAGAUUCUAUUGUUCCAAUUCUGUUGGAAAUAUAUAAAAAUGGUAUAUGUCCUGCAAGGCAACUGAAGCCUGCAAGGUUUUAUGCUAGAAUUUUUUUUUUACGUUAUACACAGUGCUGUCCUAAUUUUUUGGGGAUGCCUUGUGGCAUUGAAGAAUAACCUCUACUCUUGUUCCAUAUCCUUACUGUACUGGGCAAACCCAGAUUGAGUUGAUUAAGUUUGAAUCUCACUGAUCAGCGCCCUAAAGCAGCCAAGUGAAUGGAGAGAAUCAACAGCAUCAAAAAUAGUCAACCAAGAUAAAUAUGGAGCUAUAGGGGGCAAUUCUGUAGGCCUUCUGUAGACCUUAGUCAACCAAGAUAAAUAUGGAGCUAUAGGGGACAAUUCUGUAGGCCCUCUGUAGACCUUAGUCAACAAAGAUAAAUAUGGAGCUAUAGGGGACAAUUCUGUAGGCCUUCUGUAGACCUUGUAAAUGUAUGAUACUGAACAGAAAGGCUGGAAACCCACAUCACACUCCUCCACAAGUUGUUUGUUGGCCCAGGGGCCAAACAUAUUCUACAGUAAAUCAUGGGGGGAAUUUGGUUAGAGAUGUUCUCUCAUUCUUUUCUAUUUCAUAUAUAAGAUUUUGAGUAUUUGAGGGCUAAUGCUGUUUUUUUACUAGAACUUUUUUUUUUACAUUUUGAUAAGCGUGUAUCUUUUUUUAUCCUGCUGCCAGGAGUAUAUAUAUCCGUGUGUAUUCUUUGAUAUAAAAAAUCUCAUUUCAAUGCAGUGCCUUUAAAAUAGAAAUUGUUGUAGUUUGUAAUUGUGCACUUUUCUUUUGUAAUGGCAAUUGUAUAAUAAAAUUCUCAAUUAACCAACAGGAAAUUAGGCUGAAAAGGAAUCACAUUUUCAAUUUGAAUGUAAAUUUGAUAAUAAACGCUUGACAUAAUUGCAA